AUGGGGGCAGGAGCCAGUGCUGAGGAGAAACAUUCACGGGAGCUGGAGAAGAAGCUCAAGGAAGAUGCAGAGAAGGACGCACGGACAGUGAAGCUGCUGCUUUUGGGAGCUGGUGAGUCCGGGAAAAGCACUAUCGUCAAGCAGAUGAAGAUUAUCCAUCAGGAUGGGUACUCCCUGGAGGAGUGCCUGGAGUUCAUUGUUAUCAUCUAUGGGAACACCUUGCAGUCCAUCCUGGCUAUUGUGCGGGCCAUGUCUACUCUCAACAUCCAAUAUGGGGACUCCGCUCGACAGGAUGACGCCCGCAAGCUGAUACACAUGGCAGACACCAUUGAGGAAGGUACCAUGCCCAAGGAGAUGUCUGACAUCAUCCAACGGCUGUGGAAAGACACAGGAAUUCAGGCAUGCUUCGACCGUGCUUCUGAGUACCAGCUCAACGAUUCUGCUGGCUACUACUUGUCUGACCUGGAGCGGCUGGUGACCCCUGGGUACGUACCCACGGAGCAGGAUGUGCUGCGCUCCCGGGUGAAGACCACGGGCAUCAUUGAGACUCAGUUCUCCUUCAAAGACCUCAACUUCAGGAUGUUUGAUGUGGGCGGACAGCGCUCUGAGAGGAAGAAAUGGAUCCACUGCUUUGAGGGGGUCACCUGCAUCAUCUUCAUUGCUGCCCUUAGUGCUUAUGACAUGGUGCUGGUGGAGGACGAUGAGGUGAACCGCAUGCAUGAAAGCCUCCACCUCUUCAACAGCAUCUGCAACCACCGCUACUUUGCCACCACCUCCAUCGUCCUCUUCCUUAACAAGAAGGACGUCUUCACUGAGAAGAUCAAGAAGGCUCACCUCAACAUCUGCUUCCCUGACUACGACGGCCCCAACACAUACGAGGAUGCUGGCAAUUACAUCAAGCUGCAGUUCCUGGAGCUGAACCUGCGACGGGAUGUAAAGGAGGUCUAUUCCCACAUGACCUGUGCCACCGACACCCAGAACGUCAAGUUUGUUUUUGAUGCUGUUACCGACAUCAUCAUCAAGGAGAAUCUCAAGGACUGUGGCCUCUUCUGA